GCUUACGUCACUCAUGAAGACUCCGCUUGAGGGUUGGUUAAAGGCGGAACAGAUCGGUCAGUCCGAUGACUGGAUCGAGUUAAAACUAUCAGACCGUGAUGCGAGCGUGUAAACACGAUACAAAAAACAUGACGGAUAAACAAGUCCGAUGAGCUGUUUCGCUUCUUCAGAUGACCUGAUAUGAUAUUUGACACAUGUUGGGUAAAGGCCUGAAACGCAAAUUGGAGCAGGAGGAAGAGAAUGACCAGAACAAAAUGGGCUUUCCUCAGGAACUGUCACCCACCUGUUAUUGGCUUCAGAGACAGACGGUGCUCAACCUUUCCUUACUGAAGUUGCACAGCCAGCCAGCGCACUCAGAUCCAGGCCUGGCACGCAGGGUUCUCAUCACAAACACACUUCGUCACAUCCAGGACGAGCUGAGAGUGGAGGGCACACUACCCUGGUCAUUGCCCAGUGCCGAGUCCCCAUUAGGUGUUGUUGACGGGGGUUCGGAGCAUCCUGCAGGUUGUGAUGUUGAGUCCUCAUCUCACACUGAGAGCAGUUUGACACCAGUGUCAAUGUUGGAAGAGGAUAGACAUCUGUUUCUCUCGCUGCAGUCUUCUGUUGCCAUCCAUACAUCCCCUUCUGGUACCAGAAACUGCCCCCCUUUAUCCAAUGUUAUAAAGGAUAGUUUCACCUCAGCACUGGCUGAUAUUGAGGAUCUGUGUCCAACUGUGGGCAUAACUGCUUCACAUACGGGUCCCUCACUCUCUACCUCUUCGUCGGAGCCGGACACGCCCAGCUCACCCUCAUUAAACAGGGAUGUGGCAGAUAUUACUAGUAAUGCUGACUCAACUGAACCAUGCUUGAGUAGUUCAAAUAAAAUCAGACCUGCAAAUGAAUCCAUGGACUUGAUGUCAUUAUCUUACUUCACCCCUUCACUGUCAGACUCCGCCCAGUUUCUUUUUAACCACAGCCCUUCACUUCUCGCUGAUUUCUCAUUGGAUGAUUUUCUCUUCACAGAAAUAGACAACCUCCUGCUUGACAAUACAACGUGUAGUUCGUCCUUAAACGCAUCUUCGGGCACCUCAAAAGUCGUCUCCAUGGUAAAGGAUGAUUUUAUUAAGACGCUUACUGGUUACGGUAGUGGAGGGAUGAGCCAAGCGGCUCUUCCAUCAAAUCAGACAUUCAAAUCAGAUCUUAAUGAACUUGAUCAUAUCAUGGAAGUAUUGGUUGGGUCUUAAUUUGAAUGUCACACAAACCUGUAAAAAAAAAAUCAAACUUGUACAUUUGGUCCUUUGCAAUGAAUUAGUAGUAAUAAAUGUCAGGUUUUUUACCAGAGUUUUGUAUCAUGGAAUGUAAACCAAAAGAGGUUUUAUGGUGAUGAAGAUAUUUAUUUACAUGCUUUUAAAUUUGUACUCUAGCAAAAAGUACAAAAUGGAUGAAACGUUUUGCAGCUGUUGUAUUACAUUUUCAAUAUUUUCAUACAUUCGAUUUAUUUUAGUAUACAGAUGUUUUAAUAAUAAUAAAAAA